AUGGCAGUCGCACCACCACUAAGCCAGGCAUAUGGCUACGGAAUAGUCCUCGGUGUCGGUUUCCUCUUCGCCUUCGGCAUGAUUCUGACGACAUGGAUAUUAAAGAGAUACAACAAUGAGCAGCAAACGAGUGAGAACUUCUCCACCGCUGGAAGAACCGUGAAGUCGGGACUCGUCGCUUCGGCCGUGGUGUCGUCUUGGACCUGGGCAGCCACGCUUCUCCAGUCGACCGGGGUAGCAUACAAGUAUGGUGUGAGCGGGCCGUUCUGGUAUGCCUCGGGCGCAACAGUCCAGAUCAUCCUGUUUGCAACUUUGGCGAUUGAGCUCAAGAGACGAGCGCCCAAUGCCCACACCUUCUUGGAAGUCAUUCGGGCGAGAUACGGCCAGAUAACCCACUGCGUCUUCAUCGUGUUCGGCCUCUGUACCAAUAUACUCGUCACUGCGAUGCUGUUGACCGGCGGAUCUGCCGUUGUCACUGCUCUCACUGGCAUGCACACAGCCGCAGCUUGCUUCUUGCUCCCACUGGGUGUAGUGCUGUACACCAUGUUCGGUGGUAUCAAGGCAACGUUCCUCACCGACUACAUCCACACGGUAAUCAUACUCGUGAUCAUCCUCAUAUUUGCCUUGACCGCCUACGCUACUGAUCCCAGCGGCGUCCUGGGAUCGCCUGGUGCCGUCUACGAGCGUCUCGUCGAAGCAGCAUCACGACACCCGGUGGAUGGCAACGCCGAGGGGUCCUACUUGACCAUGCGUUCUCGAGAAGGCAUCAUAUUCUUUGUGAUCAACAUCGUCGGCAACUUCGGAACCGUUUUCAUGGACAAUGGCAAGUCUUGCAAACCCUCUUAUGUGAUCGAUCUCUUCUGCAAUGCUAACUCCACACCAGGCUACUACAACAAGGCCAUCGCAGCCCACCCCGUCGCUGCGCUGCCCGGCUACAUCAUCGGUGGUCUGAGUUGGUUCGCUAUACCCUGGUUAUGUGCAACCACCAUGGGUCUUAGCGCUCUGGCAUUGGAGGGCGACCCAUCCGGAGUCUUUCCCACGUAUCCCGACCGCAUGCCUGAGGCGGAUGUCACUGCCGGCCUCGUCCUGCCAUAUGCCGCUGUCGGACUGCUGGGCAAGUCGGGCGCGAUCUGCACACUAAUCAUGAUCUUCAUGGCUGUAACAUCGGCUACUUCAGCGCAGCUAAUUGCCGUCUCUUCCAUAUUCACCUAUGAUAUCUAUCAAACCUACAUCAACCCCAAAGCACCGGGGACAAUGCUAAUCGCCGUGUCACACACUGCCGUCAUCGCAUACGGCACCAUCAUGGCGGGCUUCAGUGUCGGUCUCUACUACGCCGGGAUCAGCAUGGGCUGGCUGUACCUAUGGAUGGGCGUAAUCAUCUCCGGCGCAGUCCUCCCCGCUUCCCUCACCCUCCUCUGGAAACGCCAGAACUGGAUCGCCGCCGCGUUCUCUCCGGUCCUCGCUGUCAUCUGCUCGUUGAUUACCUGGAUCGUCACCUGCGACAAGCUCUUCGACGGCGUCCUCAGCGUCGACAACCUCGGCUCCAACUAUCCCAUGCUGGCUGGCAACGUCGUCGCUCUCCUGAGCCCGGUGGUCUUCGUACCGGUGCUGACGUUUGGCUUUGGGGCCGACAACUACGACUGGAUGUCCAUGAUGGCCAUCAAGCGAGGCGGCGACGUGGACCCGACCGACACGCCCGAUGAAGUCGAGGCUGCGAGCGGCGCAACCACACCUGACUUCACUCUUGUCGCCCCCGCGGAGGACAUGGGGAAGCUGAACAAAUCGUCCCGUAUCGCAAAAGCGCUGGUUGUCUUCAUGGCACUCUCGUUCAUCAUCCUCUGGCCGAUGCCCAUGUACGGCUCCGGGUACGUGUUUUCGAAGCAGUUCUUUUCGGGCUGGGUCAUCGUCGGCAUUAUCUGGAUCUUCUGCAGCUCGUUUGCUGUGGGUAUCUACCCUCUCUGGGAAGGACGGUCGUCGAUGGUCAGGGUGGCGAAGGGGUUGCUCGGCCGAGGUCCGAAAUCUGUACUAGUCGAGACGGAAGGGAAGACGGUUGAGAGCGAGGAGCGGAAUGGAAGUACGGAUAAAAAGGAGUAA